AUGCCGAGGAGACCUGUGAUGAAAAAAGGAUCUCAGACAAACCUUAAAGACCCAGUCGGGGUGUACUGUAGGGUGCGCCCACUGAGUUUCCCUGACCAAGAGUGCUGUGUAGAAGUGGUCAAUAGUACAACUGUGCAGCUACAUACGCCUGAGGGUUACCGGCUCAACAGAAAUGGAGACUAUAAGGAGACGCAGUAUUCAUUUAAGCGGGUAUUUGGCAUUCAUACAACUCAGAAGGAACUCUUUGAUGUUGUGGCUAGUCCGUUGGUAGAUGACCUCAUUCACGGCAAAAAUGGUCUUUUGUUUACAUACGGUGUGACAGGAAGUGGAAAAACGCACACAAUGACAGGGUCUCCGGGGUAUGGAGGCCUGCUUCCUCGUUGUUUGAAUAUGAUCUUUAACAGCAUAGGGUCAUUUCAAGCAAAACGUUACGUUUUUAAGUCUAAUGAUAGGAACAGCAUGGAAAUACAGUGUGAGGUUGAUGCAUUAUUGGAGCGGCAGAAAAGAGAAGCUAUGCCUGUUCCAAAGACCCCCUCUAACAAGCGGCAAGCAGAUCCAGAGUUUGCAGAUAUGAUAAAUGUACAAGAAUUCUGUAAAGCAGAAGAAAUUGACGAAGACAGUGUCUAUGGUGUUUUUGUCUCUUACAUUGAAAUCUAUAACAAUUACAUAUAUGAUCUAUUGGAAGAGGUGCAGCUUGAUCCCAUAAAGCCCAAGUGGAACGGCUGCAGUACACCUAUGAGGAACGCAGAGUCUGUACUCCCACAAUCUAAAAUACUCCGAGAAGAUAAGAACCACAAUAUGUAUGUUGCAGGAUGUACAGAAGUGGAAGUGAAAUCUACGGAAGAGGCUUUUGAGGUUUUUUGGAGAGGUCAGAAAAAAAGACGUAUUGCAAACACCCAUUUGAAUAGAGAAUCCAGCCGGUCACAUAGUGUGUUCAGCAUUAAGCUCGUCCAGGCUCCCCUUGAUGCUGAUGGAGAUAAUGUCUUACAGGAAAAAGAACAAAUUACCAUAAGCCAGUUGUCUCUGGUAGAUCUUGCUGGAAGUGAAAGAACCAACCGCACUAAAGCAGAAGGGAACAGGUUACGUGAAGCUGGUAACAUUAAUCAGUCACUAAUGACGCUAAGAACAUGCAUGGAAGUCCUGAGAGAGAACCAGACAUAUGGAACUAACAAGAUGGUUCCAUAUCGAGAUUCAAAGCUAACUCAUCUGUUCAAGAACUACUUUGAUGGGGAAGGGAAGGUGCGGAUGAUUGUGUGUGUAAAUCCAAAGGCUGAAGACUAUGAAGAAAGCUUGCAAGUCAUGAGAUUUGCUGAAGUAACUCAAGAAGUUGAAGUAGCAAGACCAGUAGACAAGGCGAUAUGUGGCUUGACACCAGGGAGACGAUACAGAAACCUACCUCGGGGCGGCCCAGUUGGAGAUGAACCUUUGGUGACUGAAGUGAUUCUGCAGAGCUUCCCACCACUGCCUCCGUCCAAGCUUUUGGAUAUCAAUGAUGAGGAGACCCUUCCAAAGCUGAUCGAAGCUUUGGAGAAACGACAUCACCUACGUCAACUAAUGACAGAGGAGCUUAACAAACAAUGUAUGAACUUCAAAGCCUUAUUAAAAGAAUUUGACAGUUCUCUUCUAAAUAAAGAAAACUACAUCCAGGAAAAACUAAAUGAAAAAGAAAAAUUGAUCUCAGGGCAGAAAUCGGAAAUAGAACGACUGGAGAAGAAAAACAAAACUUUAGAGUACAAGAUUGAGGUUUUGGAGAAAACAACCACCAUCUAUGAAGAAGAUAAGCGCAAUCUGCAGCAGGAGCUUGAGAGCCAGAAUCAGAAGCUUCAGCGACAGUUUUCUGACAAGCGCAGAUUAGAAGCCAGGUUGCAAGGCAUGGUGACAGAAACAUCGAUGAAAUGGCAGAAGGAAUGUGAGCGUCGGGUGGCAGCCACCCAGCUGGAGAUGCAGAAUAAACUCUGGGUCAAAGAUGAAAAGCUCAAACAGCUAAAGGCCAUUGUGACUGAACCUAAACCCGAGAAGCCAGAGAGACCUUCCCGGGAGCGGGACCGGGAAAAGAUCCUUCCGAGAUCCGUCUCUCCUUCGCCUGUGCCUCUUUCUAGUAGCAAUAUUGCUCAGAUUUCCAACGGCCAGCAACUCAUGAGCCAGCCACAGCUACACAGGCGCUCUAACUCUUGCAGCAGCAUUUCUGUAGCUUCCUGUAUUUCGGAAUGGGAGCAGAAACUAUCUCCGUUCAGCACACCUGUCAAUGUCACCUCUCUUGCAAGGCAUAGGCAGCAGGAGCCAGGACAAAGUAAAACGUGUAUCGUGUCAGACAGAAGGCGAGGGAUGUACUGGACGGAAGGCAGGGAGAUGGUCCCUACAUUCAACAGUGAGAUAGGCGUAGAAGAGGACCGUUGCCGCAGGAACACACCAAUUCCUGUACGACACAGAAGGUCCCGCUCUGCAGGGAGCAGAUGGGUAGAUCAUAAGCCUGCCUCUAAUGUGCAAACUGAGACAGUCAUGCAGCCACAUGUCCCUCACGCCAUCACAGUGUCUGUUGCAAAUGAAAAGGCACUAGCUAAGUGUGAGAAGUACAUGCUGACCCACCAGGAACUAGCCUCCGAUGGGGAGAUUCAGACUAAAGUAAUUAAGGGUGAUGUUUAUAAAACCAGAGGUGGAGGGCAAUCUGUUCAGUUUACUGAUAUUGAGACUUUAAAGCAAGAGUCGCCUACUGGUAGUCGAAAGCGAAGAUCGUCUACAAUAGCACCUGCCCAACCAGAUGGUACAGAGUCUGAAUGGACCGAUGUAGAAACAAGGUGUUCCGUUGCUGUUGAGAUGAGAGCAGGAUCUCAGCUGGGACCCGGAUAUCAGCACCAUGCACAACCCAAGCGCAAGAAGCCUUGACCUGACAGCUCUGGUAGCAGAAGAAUACUUUUGUUUGUGUUGGUGAUUUCUCCAAAGCUAUGCCAUGCGCGGUGUCGCAGUCAUCCUGCAGAAGAAUGUAUCUAGAUCAUAUUGUAUUUUUUGUGACUUUUUCAACUGUUCUGAAUAUUUUCUAAGGUUUUAUAAAAAAAAAAACAAAAAUGCUGCUAUUGAUUAGCCACAAAAAAAAUGCACUUUAGACAUAUUUAACAAUUAAGACUUUUAAAAUAAAGAUGGUAACUGGCCAAUGAUAACAAUCCAUUUUAGGAAGGUUUUAGAAUCCUGUAUGUAUAUAUUCACUUUCUGUUUUUAUAUAUGCAAAUGAAAUACAAUAAAAAAGC